AUGUCCAAAUCAAUCAGCAUCCUGUCUCUCCUUCUCCUCAGUACCCCCGCUAGUUUAGCAACGUCUAAACCAAACCCGGUUCAAAUAACCAAGGAUGUUGUCAUCAUUGGAGGAGGUGCAUCAGGCACUUACGCCGCAGUCCGUCUUCGCGAAGACCUUGGGAAAAGCGUCAUCGUCAUUGAACCCAGACCCAAUCUAGGUGGCCAUACAAGUACAUACCUCAUCCCAGAAACAAACACCACUGUCGAUUACGGCGUGCAGUCGUAUAUCCCCUAUGGCCCUGCAUCUUCCUUCUUUGCCCGCUUCAAUAUUACAACUGAAGUCUUUUCUCCAGAGAGACUGACUCCGCUCAACGUUGAUGUCGAAACAGGAAAAACGCUACUGGAUUACCGCGCUCCAAGUUUGAAUGCUACGAAUGAAGCGCUCAGCCGCUGGCUCACCAUUACCCAGAAGUACCAACAGUACUUGGAGCCAGGAUAUUGGAACUUCCCACUUCCAGGCGAUAUACCCGAAGAUUUUCUGAUCCCUUUUGAGGAGUUUGCAAAGAGAGAAGGAAUUGAAGCGGCAGUGCCGCGGAUAACUACGAUUUCAGGUGUAGGAUAUGGUGGCGUGAGGGAUCUCUUGACGUUGACUGUUUUCCAAGCAUUUGGAGCAUCACUUACACAAGAUUUCCUCCAAUCCAUACUCUUCCGCCCAACAAACAGCAACAAUGGCCUCCUCUACACCCGCGCCCUCUCCCUCCUAAAAUCCGACAUCCUCCUCUCUAGCACCGUCCAAUCCACCAAACGUACAAAAAACAGCAUCCAACUCACCGUCACCAACUCAAAAGGGUCUUCCUACCUCAUCACCACCAACAAAAUUCUCUUCACCGCACCCCCAACCCUCGCCAACCUCUCCCCCUUCCAACCCGACAAGCGCCAAAAAUCCCUCUUCACCCCCUGGACCCCCAGCGCAGAAUUCGUAGCAAUAAUCCACGCACCCUGCCUCCCUGCCAAAACCUCCAUUUCCUUCCUGCCCCAGGCUAUAGUACCAACCGGCUACUUGGCAGUAAAAGACUACCCCUACAGUCUCCGUCUCGACGCUACCGGUCCCGCAGGCACAAAUCUCUUCCGCGUCGUCUUUGGCGCGAAUUACACGCUUUCCACGCCUCAGUUUCAAGAACUAGUACGGGAUCGUGUGGGCCAGUUAAUCCGCGCGGGCUCAGUGAACGCUACGACUGAGUGUGAGGUGACGUUCCGAGCGACCUCCGAUCACUCGCGGCCGUGGUGGCCGCAGGAUGCAGCCAAGAUCCAAAGCGGGUUUGUGAGCGAGGUAAAUAGUUUGCAAGGGUAUAGGGGCAUGUGGUUUGCGGGGUAUGCGUGGGGAGCCCCGUAUAGCUCGACGGUUUGGGCGGUGGUUGAUACGGUUUUGGAGAGGAUGGUGGGGAGGUAG